GUUUGGGCGUGGUUUAGGUCGUCGCUGUGAACAGUUAUUUAACAUAAUAAACAAGGGACAUUCUAUAAACGUAGUUAACGCGGGCAUAUUAUCGCGGUAAACUUCAGGACAGCAUAGUUUUUUCAAGGUUUUGGGAGAUUUAUUUUCCUCAGUGGAUCCAAAGCUUUUCAGAGCGGAAAAAAAGCUGCUCGGAUCUAUUCUAGUCCAGUUGUGCUGAAGGACAGAACACCGUGUAGUUCUUGGAGGACCAAGAAUCUUCAGACACGGUUUUAAAGUUGUUUUUGGAGUCACGUGAUCGAUUCACGUGCCGAUCUCUUUCUUCAGAUGAUGUUGACAUUUUUCACUGUUUUUUAUGUCCUCUUUGGUGAGUUCUAAUUCUGUUAUUUUAUUUUUUUUUUAUUUGGGCUUGUUUGAUUUAAGGUAGGAGAGAACAAAUAAUUAAAUAAAUCCUUGCAUCUAUUAACUUUUAAUUUACACAAAUUUAAUUAGUAUUUUCUUUACUUUUAUUAUGUUUGCCCAACUUAUACAUAAGUAACAACACAUCAUCACUUAUAGUCCAAAAAUCCCUUUAAAGAAUCAUUCUCCAGACUUUAAGUACCUAAAUAUAAGAUGUGUGACUGGAGUUUAAAUGUUCAAAACAUUGUCAGAGACAAACUGCAUAAAUAAGUUAAAACACAGACAAAAAAAAAAGUAAGAUCAACAGUGUUUAUGAGUACUGAGAGCAUAUCCUCACUGGAUUUUAUAAACUAACUCAAAAAUACACAGUACACAUGUAAGUUUCUGAUCUAAUUAAGACUCUGAUUCAAAUUGUAUUAAAUGCAAUUGUGUCUCAACCUGAAGCCAUGGUCUUCUUCAUGAGUGAAUCAGAACGUGGAAUGAACAGGCAGAUUGGAGUGGUAUGCUGCCGGUCUGUUAUGUGAGCUGUGUCAGAAUUUAAAGCUCCUAAUUUGUUUAAAUACUCACCUGUGGUCAUGAGGCAUAACUGAAAGAACAAUGUCUUGGAUGAAAGCAUCUAAACUGAGCUGAAAUAGGCAGUGCCUUAGAGAUGAGGGGAGGCGGUGGUCUAGAUCCCUCACAUACUUGGGGAGGCGUUAUAACCAUAUCCUACAGGACAGACACCCUAAGGAACUCCCAGGGCAUGUACCGGAGAAACUACAUCUCUCAACUGGCCUUGGUCCCCCUUGGAACCCCCUCAUAGCAGCUGGAGGGAAGAAGUUCUUCCCGUGGAUUUCAGAUCAAAAAAGUGUGCUACGGGGACAGUGUAAAUAUAGAACUUAAGUCAUAUUACAAAGGAUCGCUGUAUUUCUAUCCAAUCGCAGGAGGAGCAAGGAAACUACUAAUGGAUAAUCGAGAAGCUAAGGAUCCACGGCUCAAAGUUUUCAGUGACUCAGUAACGUUGACACAGUUGACUGAAAGAGAUAAUGGAGAUUUUGUUCUAUUAAGCAGUACUGGACAAAACUUAAAUUAUCUUUCACUGACAAUCAAUGAUUGUUCUAAAUACGUCGAAUUGUUUUACGGUCAAGAAAUGAUGCACAUUGUUCCUAGCAAUGCUGACCUGCUGGAGUUCACCCCCUUACAUAGACUAGACCAGCCUCAGCUUCUGUGGGAACGUACAAACCCUUUCCGCAAUUAUGGAGGACGGCGGAGAGUGAGCGGUGGCUUGUUUAGGAUUUACAAAAUCACCCAGGAAGAUAAUGGCUACUACAACUUUCGUAAAAAAGACAAAUCUGUGGUGUCUAGGAUUCAUCUCAAUGUACAAGAAAAGACCAGUUACUACAAUGCUAAGGAAAAUGAAAAAAUCAUCCUCCCAUUUCCUUGGGAGAAUGGAAACUGGACUGUCACUUUUAAGCAAAAGAAUGAAGAAGGAAUAUCAAUCAUGAAAUCAGGAAGAGUGGACAUAAGCGUUUACCGGUUGAGUCGUAAAUUGAGCUUUAAAAGCUAUGGCAUAGAAAUGUGUUGCUUACGUCUCAACGAUGCUGGCACCUUUGAGUUCAGAGAUUCUGCAGGAAACCUGGCUUUGGUUUCUCAUGUGAUCAUUACUGUUAAGAUUCCAGAACUUCCUCAAAGUAAUGCAUAUAUAAUUGUGGCUGUCGUGGCUGGCGUUUUGGGUUACCUCUGCUUCUGCUGUUGCUGUUGUAAAAAGUUCUGCUGUUCAAAUGAAAAGCCUCCUUCUGAGGUCGCUCAGACUGCAGAGGAACCUAAAGUCUUUUAUCAUGAUUUAAAUGAGCCUGAAGGUUCUGGAUUUUCUGCUGCACCUUAUCCUGCAGCGUUCCCUCCUCCAGCAGGGAAUGUACCUUUCCCUCCUCCAGCAAUGAAUGCUGGGAUUUCUCAUGAUGCUGCAGCUGCUUCCUCUGGACCUGUGGUAUGCCACCAUGGAAAUACAAACAUCUCUCAGCCUGAGGUUGCACCUCAAGCGUCAGAUCAAUCUGCUCCAUCUUCAUCUGGUUACAACCCUCUGCCAUCACACUCUCAACCAAUGUUUGAGACAUACCAACCAACCUAUGAGAUUAAGAAUAUCUCUCAGCCUGGGGUCGCACCUGGAGCUUCGGAGCAAUCUGCUCCAUCUUCAUCUUCUGGUUACAACCCUGUGUCUUCAGACUAUCAACCAAUGUUUGAGGUGAAAGGACUAAACUCCACCUUUGAUCUACCUCUCAGUGCAGAAAACUCUUCUACGGAUGUUUACAACUCAGAUAAAAUGAACUUUCUGUAACAAGGAAUUAUAGUCCUUGUAAAAAGAAACAGUGUUUUGCAGACUUAAACAGACAGAACCCAUUGUCCAAUAGGAGUGCUUAGGUUACUUAUCAGACAGAAGAUAAUUGGAUUCAUUCACACUGUGAUAAUAGAGAAUCAAAUGUAAAGAUGCAGUUAAAUGAUGAUCAUCAGUGCACUUAUAUAUACAAUCCAUACCACUAAAAAAAAGUCACUGUAAAUGUCAGUAAUUGUGCUAAUGUAAUCCGCAACAUUUCGCCUAUGUUGGAGAAAAAUAAAAUACUCCUCCUUUUACUGUAUGAACUAUGUACUUUAAUUGUACCUGCUUGUCUUUAAACUGUUAUUUGCACUUCCUUUACCUGUUACAAACCUCACUGCAUGUCAAGGUGCAACUAUAUCUUUGUAUAUCGUCACUGUCUAUAUGCUGUGUGGAGUUUCUAAUUUUACAAGUGGGUAAUCUCCAUACAAAUACACCUGUUUGUCUGUUUUGUUUUUUUCUGCUAUGCUUUUGAAGUUAAGUUAACCAGCUAAAGGCUGAACCACUAUGAUAGAAAUGUUAUUACUGCCUGUCACACACAUUUUGAACUCGUAACCACACCAUCUUUGUAUUGUACUUGGAGCUAAAUGUAGAGCAGGAAAAUCAACACAAGUAAAAAAAAAAGUCUGGCAGUAUAAGUCAUAACGCAUGUACUUUUUCGUGUUCAUGUCAUUGACUGUAUAUGAGAACUGGAGUUCCCCCUCGUACGCUAAAUAGACAGUACCUGCUGGUUUCAAAAAGCUGAAAUCCCAGACUUCUAUAGAGAAAUAUAUAGCUAUUACUCAGUCAUUCAAUUUGUCAGAAUAUGUCUUCUUACUAAUCCUAAUUCUUUUUUUUAAUGAUAUUUUUGCUGUAGCAAUCAUUCAAGUUAUAAAUUGACCAAUCAGAUGAUGUAAUUUGGUCAGAACCAGAAGCGUGUCAUAUCCUCUGUAUAAUGUCACACUCAGUCCAGUUCUCUAAUGCAGUCGAUAUUUUUGCAGUUAACCAAAGAUCUGCCUAUGGGAGCAAAAGGGCCUCAAAUGCCUUAUAUCAACACGUCAGUUGUAGUAGGAAAAAAAUGAACAUGUUUAAACCUGUUGCUGCCAGUUGUUUAUUUCUAUUGCAACUGAUUCACUUCUCACACAGAUGCCUGUAACACUGGACUGAUAAAAAUGUUCAGCUCAAGUGUGAGUUGACUCUUUGCAACUUGUCUUUUUACCAAUCUGAAUUAUAGCAUUUUGAAAGUUUUGGUUUGAAAAACAUGAAGUUCUGCACAUAUAACUAAGCCAUCUUUGUAUGGGUAUAAAAUGAUUUUUUUUUCUAUGGAGUUGUAACUUUUUAUGUGUUUGUAAUGUUAAUAUAAUUCAUUCUAUGGUGUAUUUUAUGAAUGCAUAAUUUUUUAUGUGGAGUAUUUUAAACAUCUCAUCACCACCAAAUAUACCAUGAGUCUCUCAGGUUUUCUGCAUAUGUUUCAAUGGAGUAAAGCCAAAAUUCAUGUUUAAACAGUAAAGUAUUUGAAUGAUAAAUGCA